UAUGCCAGAGUAAUCCUAUGGGCUAGGUUUGUAAAGUCUCCAGAGCCAUUAACCCAAUACACACCUAUGAAUUUUAAUACCGUGGGUGGGAUUACUAGGAUGUCAGCGCGAUGUCAAAAAAGGGAGGGAUUAGUUUAGUGAGUGACAGCGUUUGAUCUUUGGACCGAGGCAGAAAUUCAACUUCAGGAACGGUAAUGCCCCUUUAAGAUUCCAAGUGUGGAAUGCUUUUUUAUAACAAUGAACAGUAGAGAAAUUUAGUCCUCAUAACGUAAUCAACAGGCUUAGCUAUUAUCCAUCUAUUUCUGGUGUGGAGUAUUUCGUAACACGGAAGUAAUAUUCGAAGCGGAAAAGGUUGUGUCUCUAACUUGUGACUGGUGUGAAAUAAUGUCGGCACUGUGUUUAUGUUUACGAACUUUGACUUGGCGACCAGUGAUCAAAUCUGUGCGGUGUGUAGUGACUGACGGUAAACUGUGGCAUGUGGAAGGGUUGUCUGCCAAUGACUCUGCCCCAAAAAGAGAGGACACAGACUGUGAGAACACAUAUGGGCCUUGCCGGGUUGAAGGAGACUCUGAGAGCCACUGCUCACGAACUAGACUUUUUUCUUCUUGUGCAAGAUGUCCUUUUGCUUCCGAGUGUCCCGCGUUUACUUCGGCUGCUGGUUGGCCAGUAAGGGGAUUCCAUGGACGGCGCAAUCAUUCUGUAGGCACAGAAACUGUCAUGCGACCCUUUUGCACUGCACUGGAUAGUCGCUCAUGCUGGAGCUGUAAAGCCUGUUUAGGCAUCGAUGACUUUUGCCCUAUGUGCUGCGCAUUGCAGCCCCCCAUUGGCACCCGGAGCUACUUCAACAUCAUGGACUGUGAUCCAUUAUUUGAUGUGGAUAUUCCAAAACUUCAGCAGAAGUACAGGAACCUUCAGCGCUCUCUGCAUCCAGACAACUUUAGCCAAAAGUCUCAGGAACGAGACUUUGCUGAAAUUCAGUCUGCUUUAGUUAACAAGGCAUAUAGGACACUCUUACGACCCCUCAGUCGAGGACUGUACUUGUUAAAGCUGCAUGGAAUUGAACUGAAAGAGACUGACAGUGAGCUGGACUCUGAUUACCUGUGUGAAAUCCUUGAAAUCAAUGAGAAACUUGCAGAAGCAGAAUCUGUCGAUGAAGUCUACAAUAUCAGAAACUUCUUAGAAGCCAAAAUUGAAGAACUGGUUGAAGACAUUGCUGAAGCUUUUAAGAAAGAUAAUCUUAAGGAGGCUACAUUGCUGCUGACAAAAAUGAAGUAUUUUUGUAACCUGAAAGGCAAAGUGAAAGAGAAGUUGCACCCAUUUUGGGAAAGAAACUAAUUGUUAAACUGUCCUUUGUAUUUAUUAUGUGCCUUUUGAUAAAGAUUUUGAGUUUAAACCACG